GGGAAGAAACAAUAUGAAAGAAGAAAGAGUGAAGUUGUGCUAAGCAACUAAACUACGUAGUGAACAAGGAGAGUAGUGCAACAACCUCGAAGCUAGUUCAAACUAGUGGGAGGUUGUCUGCAAAAAAAGCAGCCAACACUCAAUUAGAAAAUCUUAAGAUAGUAAUUUGUUAUUGAAGAAAGAAAUGGCUCGUGGUAAGGUUCAAAUGAAGAGGAUAGAGAACCCGGUUCAUCGGCAGGUGACUUUCUGCAAACGCCGAGCAGGGCUUCUUAAGAAGGCAAAGGAGCUGUCUGUCUUGUGCGAUGCUGAAAUUGGUCUUUUCAUUUUCUCCGCUCACGGAAAGCUCUAUGAACUCGCCACUAAAGGAAGCAUGCAAGGGCUGAUUGAGAAGUACCUGAAGUCAACCAAGAGAUGUGAGGUAGCUGAGGAAGCCAAAGAUAAACAAGCUCUGGACCCAAAAGAGGAGAUCAACAUGCUGAAGAAUGAGAUUGACGUACUCCAGAAAGGCUUAAGCUACAUGUAUGGGGGAGGUGCUGGAACAAUGACACUAGAAGAAUUGCAUUCACUUGAAAAGUACCUUGAAAUUUGGAUGUAUCAUAUUCGUUCAGCAAAGAUGGAUAUCAUGUUUCAAGAGAUCCAGCUGCUGAAGAAUAAGGAAGGGAUACUGGAAGCUGCAAACAAAUAUUUACAAGAUAAGAUAGAUGAGCAAUACACCAUGACUAACUUGACACAGACUUUGACUGACUUUCAAUGCCCACUAACUAUACAAAAUGAGAUAUUCCAGUUCUAACAUAUGCUCACUACAGAAGCUAUUCUUAUAGGGAAGAAUCUAGUUAAUUUGAUAAGGAUAUGUAAUAAUGAUGAUUGAGUAGUUUCACUUUGUAAACAUUAACAUAUAAGUAUAUUAUGCUCAAUUUAGGUAAUAUGUUAAGUGUGUGGGUGCACAUGGAUGAUAAUUCCGUUGGAGGUCAACUUCUUUAGUGUAUCUUAAGAAGCGUGGUGCUACUUAUUAUAGAUGUCAUCUUCUAUAACUUUUAAGUAUGCUUUAUAAAAUAAAUCCUUUUCUUAUUAUUGAAAUGAA